AUGCGAAUCUACCAACAGAUUCCUAUCACUGGAACGGAAGACGCUGACCACGACACUCUGGAUAGACAAGCCGUUGCUCCUGGAGUUUGUGGUGAGCUUGAGUCCUUCAAAAUGUUGCAGAGUGGAGGCUGUGGCGCCGUUCCUCGCUUUCUUGGUCACGCAGAAAGUACACAAGGAGACAACGACCUCCUUCCUGGCGGCUAUAUUAGAUACCUUGUGUGGGAAAAGGAUCCAGGGGAGCCUCUAACAAAGGAAUUCUUCUGGGGCUUGAAUAUAACCGCGCGCGAAGACAUCCGUGUUAAGUUCCGUGACGCCUGUGAUCAUAUCUCUGGAUUUCGAAUGGGAUGGCCAAUUAUCGAUAAAACUGAAUGGUCAGAGGCUCGUUACGUCGAGUUUGAACUGGCGGAGCCGAGUGAAGAAGGAGACUGGUACCUCCACCCGGAGAAAUGGCAGUGGUAA